AUGUCUACAACCAACAACUCCCUAACGACCUCCAUCACCACCACCGAACCCGACCAAAUCGCCUCUCUGCACCUCAUAGCAGACAGCAUUGCCCAGCAACGCCAACUCGCCGCCCGCUCCAUGCUCACCCACCCGGCCGUGCUCUCCUGCCUUACCUUUUCCCUCUUCAUAACCUACUUUUUCACACGUGCGCUUAGCACCACCGGAGAAGAUAACUGGCCUUACCUCCUGCUCAUCACCUGGCCCGCCUGCAUCAUGGUGUAUCUCCUCGCCGCGGCGCACACGACACAUCCGUACCUAGAGAAAGCAGGCCGUACGGGCACAUGGGUGUGGUUAUGGAAGGGAGGAACAAGGUAUAAGCAUCGGCGGCGAGAGCCACCACCACCACAGUCACCACCUCCAUCUGCAUCGUCUUCGCCUUCUACAUCUAGAGCGGGAUACAAGACCCCCAUGAAGAGAGAUCACCACGGCGCAGAAGAUAAUGAAGAAGAGGAGGAGGAAGACAUAAUGCUCGUAACGAAAUACCAUAACCGGGUGAUCGGCACGCUCGUCCUGCGAAUCAUCCGCACGGAGGAAGAACUCUGGGGCCAUGUGCGGGAUGCGGUGGUGCGGGAGGAACUGUACCAGACCCCUUCAAUUCCAGGAACAGGAUCUACUACUAGUACUACUUCUUCCGGGUCCUGUCAGCCAGUCGGCGUCAUCCGGGCGUGGACCGUUGAGCAGCAUCUUCGGGGAGUCGGGGUGGGGAGGAAUCUCUUGGAGAAUGCGAUUCGGAUCUGUCGGCAACGGGGGAUCAAGGGCCCGGUGUUUUCGGAUUGUCAUGCGAAUGAGGUGCUGGGGUUGCCGGUUGUUUGUAAUGGGGAGUUGGUGAGGAGGGAGAGGCGGGCGAGGGAGGUGUUGGAGGGGGUGAAGAGGGAGGUAGUGUUUUAA